AUGUCGCUCGACCCCUUCGAAGCCCGUCUCCAGUUCCUCAAGCUGCUCCGCACGCUCAACGCGUCGCAGCAGUCGAUCCAAAAAGUCGUCUCCUUUGCAGUCAAGUACGGCGCGCGGUGCGGCGAGGACCUGUGGGAGUGCGUCGAGGACGAGGUGCAGAAGGCAAGUGACCCCGGGUCGCUCAACGCGCGCAUCAACAUCCUGUACUUUCUCGACUCGCUCGCCGAGACCUCUGCGGCAUUAGGGCCGCCAGACGCGCCGUACCUCCCCUUGAUCGAACGCUCGCUGCCCACCCUCGUCGCCGCCGUCGUCCCGGACAGCAGGGAGGGCGUGCUGAACCUCAAGGCGACGCGCGCGAUCCUCGACUCGUGGCAUAGUCGGCGGGUCAUCGACCCAGCGGUCGUGGACAAGGCGCUCGCGCAGCUCGCCGAGCGCAAGCCUGCGUCUACUGCUCCUGCAGGCUCCCCGCCGCCCGCAGCAGCCGCCGGCACAAAGCGCCCCCGCGAAGUCAUGGGCCGCAGCGACGUGCUCCGCCGGAUAGAGGAGGACCGCGAGCGCCAGAAACGCCUCCGCGAGCGCAUGUGGAUCCUGCCCAUCCCCCCGCUUGUGGGGCGCGCAGGCGCAACCUCCGGCGCGGCGACCAUCCACCCGUCCCCCGCGAGCCCGUUCACCCCCGCCUCGCCGCGCGGCACGCCCGGCGCGAGCUCGACGACGACGGCCGCUGCCGCAAAGCUCAUGCCCCCGCCCCCGCCGCCCGUCACGUUUGUGUCGCCCCUCGACGUCGAGUUUGACCAGAUGUGGGAGGCAACGAGUGAUCUCGACGACGACGACUUUGAGCGCAUGAGAGAAAAUGCCCUGGCGGCUGGACUCGACGUUCCUCGGAGAUGAGCAGCAAGAGCGGCUCCAACACAACCCCACACUGUACACUACCAUCAUUCACACCCGCACCUACACCCACACACACC